GGGGGCUUAGUGCGCCUGCGCGCUCGUGGAGGUGGCGGCUGUUCUCGGUAGUGGCCCGGCGGUUCUCCGCGCGGCGGGCGCGGCCAUGGCGCAGCCGGGAAAGCUGCUUAAGGAGCAGAAGUACGACCGGCAGCUGAGGUUGUGGGGUGAUCAUGGGCAAGAGGCUUUAGAAUCUGCUCAUGUUUGCCUAAUAAAUGCAACAGCUACAGGAACUGAAAUUCUUAAAAACUUGGUGCUACCAGGUAUUGGUUCAUUUACGAUUAUUGAUGGAAAUCAGGUCAGCGGAGAAGAUGCUGGAAAUAAUUUUUUCCUUCAGAGAAGCAGUAUUGGCAAGAACCGAGCUCAAGCCGCCAUGGAAUUCUUACAAGAAUUAAAUAACGAUGUCUCUGGGAAUUUUGUGGAAGAGAGUCCAGAAAACCUUCUAGACAAUGAUCCUUCAUUUUUCUGUAGGUUUACCAUUGUGGUUGCAACUCAGCUUCCUGAAAGUACAUUACUACGUUUAGCAGAUGUCCUCUGGAGUUCCCAAAUCCCUCUUUUGAUCUGUAGGACAUAUGGACUAGUUGGUUAUAUGAGGAUCAUUAUAAAAGAACAUCCAGUAAUAGAAUCUCAUCCAGAUAAUGCAUUAGAGGAUCUACGACUGGAUAAGCCAUUUCCUGAACUGAGAGAACAUUUUCAGUCUUAUGAUUUGGAUCAUAUGGAAAAAAAGGACCAUAGCCACACUCCAUGGAUUGUGAUCAUAGCUAAAUAUUUAGCACAGUGGUAUAGUGAAACAAAUGGACGAAUACCUAAAACGUAUAAAGAAAAAGAAGACUUCAGAGAUUUGAUUAGACAAGGAAUUCUAAAGAAUGAAAAUGGGGCUCCGGAAGAUGAAGAGAAUUUUGAAGAAGCUAUUAAAAAUGUGAACACAGCACUAAAUACAACUCAGAUCCCAAGCAGUAUUGAAGAUAUAUUUAAUGAUGAUCGCUGCAUAAAUAUCACCAAACAGACUCCGACAUUUUGGAUUUUAGCUCGUGCCUUAAAGGAAUUUGUGGCCAAAGAGGGUCAAGGAAAUUUACCUGUUCGAGGCACAAUUCCUGAUAUGAUUGCAGAUUCAGGCAAAUAUAUAAAACUGCAAAAUGUUUACCGUGAAAAAGCAAAGAAAGAUGCUGCUGCUGUGGGUAAUCACGUUGCCAAAUUGCUUCAGUCUAUAGGCCAGGCACCAGAGUCCAUUUCAGAGAAAGAAUUAAAAUUACUCUGCAGCAAUUCUGCAUUUCUUCGAGUGGUGAGAUGUCGAUCCUUAGCUGAAGAAUAUGGCUUGCAUACGGUUAACAAGGAUGAAAUUAUUUCCAGCAUGGACAAUCCAGAUAAUGAGAUAGUAUUAUACUUAAUGUUACGGGCUGUUGAUAGAUUUCAUAAACAACAUGGUAGAUAUCCAGGGGUAUCUAACUAUCAAGUUGAAGAAGAUAUAGGCAAGUUGAAGUCUUGUCUCACUGGCUUCCUUCAGGAAUAUGGAUUAUCCAUAAUAGUGAAAGAUGAUUAUGUCCAUGAAUUUUGCAGAUACGGAGCUGCUGAACCACACACCAUUGCUGCAUUCUUAGGGGGAGCUGCUGCUCAAGAGGUUAUCAAAGUAAUCACCAAACAAUUUGUAAUUUUUAAUAAUACUUACAUUUAUAGUGGCAUGUCACAAACUUCAGCAACUUUCCAGUUGUAGAAUAAGUACCCUAUAGUGUGUUAAUGAUUGAAACUGUAAUUGCCUUCAGGUUGUGCUCCAGUCUGUAAAGUUCUGCUAAGGGAGAACUGUUAAGUUGUUUCCUUAAUAAACAUUUUUCUCAUUUGUAAUAA